AUGGAUAAACAUUCUAUAACAGCGCCGAUUCAAGAGCACGCCAUCUGGGUCGGCCGGUAUUGGGCAGGAAGUGUAGACACUAAUCGUGUGCCCGGCCCCGCGUUCGCAGGCGCUAUUUCGUGCAUACUCGUCACCCGGAGCGAUCCCGGGAAGCCGGGAUUGAGCGACUCGAGUCCCGUAAUCGCGGCACCGAUAAAAACGCCGCGAUUGUAUUCACCUCUUGCAGCACGUACGUGUCGCUUAGCUGUACGGAGUGGACUUAACGGGCGACGCAUACCGUCCAGUUCUCGGCCGUUACACUCGCUGUCGGGCUCACGGAAGCGAUCCGUCCCAUAUAGCUCGGCCGACCGACGUCUCGCGCCGAGUGCGGGGUUCGAACCUACGGCGGCAUUUAACUGG